CGAUUGUGGCGAUGAGAGCUGUCCCUCAGUUCCAACUUCCAUAUUCUUUCCUGUGCUGUCGGGUGAUAAUAGAAAUACUAGUUAUAUAAUAUAAAUAUAAAUGAAUAUCAAGUACCGGCAGGGACUGUGAAAUAUUUAUCUCUGUAAGCUUCAAUAUAAACUUCAAGAGGGUAUGCACAAUGGUUUGCAUCAGGAGAGCCACCAACGAUGAUUUAUUUCAAAUGCAGCACUGCAAUCUUAUUUGUUUACCGGAGAACUACCAGAUGAAAUAUUACUUUUACCACGCCUUAUCAUGGCCACAGCUCUCAUAUGUGGCUGAGACAGAAGACGGUAAAAUCGUAGGAUAUGUACUAGCGAAGAUGGAAGAGGACCCUGGAACAACUCCUCCUCAUGGGCACAUUACGUCCCUUGCUGUCAUGCGCUCUCACAGACGGAUGGGUAUUGCCUACAAACUUAUGAGACAGGCUUCCCGUUCGAUGGUGGAGUGUUUCCGAGCUGAAUAUGUAUCUCUGCACGUGCGAGAGAGCAAUCGCGCCGCCCUACAUUUAUACAGAGACACGCUCGGGUUUGAGAUCAGUGGUGUAGAGGAUAAAUACUAUGGGGAUGGUGAGGAUGCAUAUGCCAUGCGCAAGACCUUGGAUGAGUUCUUCACCGAAAUGUACCUAGACCCGCCCACACACGCCGCUACCACGAAUACAAUGGUGAAGGUGUAAUGUAUAAAUUAGCCAACAUAACACAAUAAAUAGAUACUUCUGUCUCA